AACAACGACAACAUCCUCGCGAUCGAUGAGGACCCUAGGCGACUGAAAUCUGCCGUACUCGCUAUUCGAACCCUUGCCACCUAGCAGCCGGCCAGUCUCCCGAUCAAUAUGCCCCCGACGGCCGUUGCGCCGACCAAGACCAAUGGGGUCCUAGCCGUGAACCCAGCCCAGGCGACCGCCGGCGGUGGCGGAAAGUCGGGCAGGAGGAAGGCUGCCGUUGUCGGGAAGAAGGUUGUCGUGCGGCGGCUUGCACCUGGAAUGACUGAGGAGGAGUUCUGGACAGCGCUUGGGGACGAAUGGAAAAGCGGCCAAGGCAAGGUGGACUGGGUCCGGUGGGAGAACGGCAAGAUCUCGAAAGACCCGUACAAGCCCUCGAAGCCAUCCCGAUGCUACCUCCGCGUGCUCAAGCUCGAAGACGUGCCCGUGCUUUCCGAAGUCGUCCGAAGCAAAUCGUGGGAAGACUCGAAGAACACCUGGAACGAUGCUUGCCUCGUAGGGCCGGCCUACGUAGAGAUUGCCCAGAUACAGAAGGUUGCCACGACCAAGAGACGGACUGAUCCCCGUCAGGGCACCAUCGACCAAGAUCCUGAUUUCAUUGCGUUCUUGGAGUCACUCACCAAUGCACAGAACCCCACCAAGGACCCCAAAGAAUCUGAGGAGCAAGCUGUCGACGAUGCGCCAAAGGAGCCCAAGGUCAUGAUCACGCCACUUGUCCAGUAUCUCAAGGAUAAGAAAGCAAACAAAGCCAAGGAGGCUGCGGCCGCUAAGAGCGCGAAGCAUGGCCGGCAAGAGUCUGCAGGCACAAAAUCCAAAGGACAGGAAGAAGCACCGAAGAAGAAAGGCAGGGAUGGCAAGACCGACAAGACUGAGGGCAAGGAGAAGGAGAAGCCCAAGGAGCCAGUCAAGCUGCUCACUAAGAGGGCAGCACAGCAGGAGGCUGCAGAGGCCGCUAAGUCGGUGGCGGCUGCCAAAACCGCUGGAGACGGUAAGGCAGCUGAGGCAAAGGAGGAGGCGACGCCGAAGAGCCGACGUGCUGGCAUUGCUGCGGCUGCAAAGAUUCUUCAACGCGACCUUGGCCUCAGUCCUGGCAGUGCGCAUAGAAGGGCCCGACAGGAUGCUGCGAAAGCGGAGGUAUCGACCAAAACCGAGCCGGCCAAGCCCGUCAAGGAGUCCAAAGAAGCCCCGGCAGCAAGCACUUCGACCUCUGCCAAGUCGCCCGCCACGCCUGCCGCUACUGCAGCAUCUGGCCGAAGCUCAGACACGCAGCCAUCAGCAUCGAAAACGCAGCCUACGGAGAACAACCGCCGUGCGAGGGGCAAGGGCGGAAAGCAAAACUCUACUGCUGCGGAGAGUGGGAAAGGCAAAGAGGUUGUUGGCAACAGCACCAAGGCUGCCGCGGCACCCCCAACCCCGGUCAUACUCAAGCGCGAAGAUAACACAAAACGGGCUGCACCAUCGACUCCUCCUGCAACAACGACUCCUUCUGCCGGUCCGCCGUCAGCCCAGUCUCCGUCUACAGCUCCGAAAGGCGGAACCGCGAAGGCGACAAAGGGAAGUAACCAGGGAUCGCAAAAGAAGAAUAACUCACAUACCGUGGCUGGAGCAGUUGGCAGCAGGGCUUUCGUCAAGCACGCCAACCCAUCUCAGGGUGUCACAGAAGCGUCGCUCAAGUCAGCCAUGGAGGCUUUUGGACCAGUCUCCUUUGUCGAGAUGGACAAGCGCAAAGGUUUUGCAUUCGUCGAUUUUGCCGCACAGGACAGCCUCGCCAAAGCAAUCGCCGCGAGUCCUAUCACUGUUGCACAGGGGGCAGUGCAGGUAUUGGAGCGCAAGGAUAAUAAGAAGGCAGCUAAUUCAGCCAAUACUUCCAGUCCAGCGGCGAGCUCGGCUGCCCCUAACUCAACUCAGCCUGCCCAACAGGCUGGAUCUGACAAGGCUUCUUCAGCGGACAAGGCUGCCUCCGAAAAGCCUACUACUGAUGGCCAGACAGACCGUCCUAAGCGCGGCGGUCGCGGUCGCGGACGGAAGGGUGGUGGCAACAAUAACAGUGGCAAUGCGAAUGGUGGUGCGAACUCGAACACGAAGUCAGAAUCGUCCGAGAGCAAAGGACCGCCAGCUUCUACCUCAGGCAGUGCCCAGCCCGCUGGCUGAGCGGCCAUUACUGGCAGACGGACUAGAGCCUAUAUAGGUGUUUCAUGGCCUGAGAAUGACUGGCGAGACCGCUCAAUGAUAUUGAUCACUGGGUUGUUUCGCUGGUGCUCGGCUUCGAGCAGUCUCCACCACCACCAGUUCAGAAUCCCGAGCAGGUCAACCGAGGCUU